CGACCAGCACCAGGCGCCAGGACCCGGCGGCACGUUCAGCGAGUGCCGCGUGCCCGGAGGCGGUAUCGCCGUGAAGGUAGAGGGUGACGUGGAGAUGGCAUCAAAGCACACCGAAAAAGCUAAGGCUCCGAGUGCGCGAGGCGCGGCGAAGCAGUCGCGGCCGGCGCGCGCGCGCCAGCCGGACCCGGCGCUGUGGCGGCGCGUGGACGGUCCUAGCCCCUAUCAGUGCGUGCUCUGCCACAAGCAGUUCCAGUACCUGGCGAGCAUCAAGAUACACGCGCGCACGCACACGGGCGAGAAGCCGCACGGCUGUGACGUAUGCGGCCGCCAGUUCGCGCUGCUUUCGACGCUGACCAAUCACCGGCGCCUGCACUCGGGAGACAAGCCGUUCAAGUGCGACGACUGCGGCCGCGCGUUCGCGCAGCAGUCCUACCUGUGCGUGCACAAGCGCGUGCACUCGACCGACAAGCCGUUCUGCUGCGAGCAGUGCGGCAAGACCUUCAAGCAGGCCUAUUACCUCAACAUCCACAAGCGCUUCCACUCGGGCGAGAAGCCCUACAAGUGCGACGACUGUGGUAAGGGCUUCGCCACGGUCUCCAACUUUUACAAGCACCAGCGCGGCCAUCGCGGCGAGCGCCAGUUCUGCUGCGAGCAGUGCGGCAAGACGUUCCGAGAGCACUGCCAGCUGCGCGACCACCGGCGCGUGCACACCGGGGAGAGGCCCUUCUCCUGCGACGUGUGCGGCAUGACGUUCACCUUGGCCAAGAUCCUGGCGCGCCACGCCCGCCUGCAUACCGGCGAGAAGCCGUACGUUUGCGCCGCUUGCGGCAAGGCCUUCAGCCGCAGCGAGAAUCUGCGCGACCACGCGAAAGUGCACGAGACGCACGAGGUGCCCGCGGCGCCGUCCGUGCCGCCGCCGGCCGCCGGCGACGACCGCUACUACAUGGUGAACGUGAUGCCGGUGACGGACGUGCAGGAGGCGCUGGCCUGGCCGCUGGAGGUGUACCGCACCGAGACGGGCGUCACCGUGUACAAGACGCUGGCCGAGGAUGGCGCGGCGCUCUACCAGACGGAGACGGGGGAGGUGUUCCGGGAAAUGGCCGGCGCCGUGGAGCUGGCCGCCCCCGACAGCGGCCUGUUCGCCGCCGCCGAGCACGGAGAGUCCGCCGAGCCAGCCACGCCGCCGGUGCUGCCCGCUUACGACGGGCUCGGCAUCUGAUCGCGGUUGGUGCGCCAGUCCAGGCGGCGCGCUGCCGACUGGGCAGCCUCUGUGCGUGUGGGUCCACUCCUCGCAGGGCCGUCGGCGCCCCAGACAGGUGCCGUGGGCCGCACCGCCGCCUGAGGUUUCGUUUCGUCAUCUCGCAGGGCCGCGCCGAAGGACGUGUGAGGUGUGAGGUGGGCGAACACGUGAGACUGGUCGGUAUCCGUCCCCGGGACGCGAUGACGGGUACACCCCUGCUGAUGGGACAGGCGCUGGCUGACCCCUGCUGAUGGCACAGGCGCCUGAGACUGACCGUCGCUGGACUUCUGUGGACGGGAGCUCCGCCGGCGGUAGGCUCGCCUGUAUAACGGCGCUCCUGCGCGACGCCGGAGCGUCACGCAGCUACAAGCGGCAGCUGCCUGUGUCGUGCGGUCACCUGUCGUGAAGUUGGGGCCGUGUGGGCCUUGUCUUUUCCUGAGGGCUGGGUUUUGGGUGCACCACGUGUAUCGGCGGCUGCUGUGAGUGCAGACCGGGGGCGGCUUGUCGUUGAAGCCCCAAUGGUUCCUGGCGUCUCGUGCUCUUAUGACCGGUGCUGUGAAGAGACGGCCUUGGGCUGGCGAAAGAAGGGUGAAAAUGAAGCACGCCGCUCUGCACUUUUGCAACUUCUGCAUCGUGUAGUUCCUUACUGUUGUCGUCCGAUCCUCAGGAUACGAACUGAACGUUCAGCUAUUGUACACUGUUGGUUGGUUUUGGGUGUGCAGGUGAUAGAUACAUGGACGUUAUAUGCUGCGUGAAUAACUGUAUUUUGAAGUUUUGACCUAAUGUCAUAGUGCGUAGGGAUGUUUUUCUAUGGUGCAUUGCUGUCUCACUUCAAUCUGAACGUGUGUGCGGAUAUAAGUUACUUUAAUGCGUGGAGGCCAUCUAAAAAAGAGACCGGGUUCCUAGCAGCCUUCGGUUGGGCCAGAACGUGGUCGCUCAUCCAGUGAUCUCUAUGUGCCUUCCAGUGCCGGUCGAUAUUCUUACGUUGUCACGGGUGUGCUGUUAAAAGUGCCGCCGGCUGCGCCCGUGUGACCCGCAUCUGCGAGCCGCUGGCCACGUCGCGCGAUCAGUGAUCUGCGCAGAGCUGAUCGCUGCCUGUGCGGACGAUCUUUGCGCGGCUCGUGGUCGCUGAUGGCGGUGGCAGCAGCUGCUGACCGAGGCCGUGAUCUCCGGAAGUGUGGGCGUGGAAUGCGAGACGGGCGUCACUGUACAGAUCUCGCGGCAAGUUAUCCCCGUGCAACGCUCAUGUAUAUUUUGUACCUGUUGGCGACAAAGCGCAUCAUUUAGACUGCACUUAAUACAAUGUAUGCUCAUCUC